AUGAAAACAAUUGUUCGUCUGUCGACGUUCACCCAGACGCGCGUUAGAUGCGUGGCCAAAGACGUUAACGCCUGUGCGGUAACGGGGGUUGUUACUCGGAUGAGAAAAGUUUGUGUUGGGAAAAUACGUGGAAAUUUUGCUGUGCUGGGUAUAACUAGAGAUGUUUACAGAGAUUCUGCAAGAGGAUACUCUCAAUAUGACAUAUGCAGAGGAGACAGAAACUAUUCCCGUUUUUCCUCUUCUGAUUUUUACGCCAGUCCUGGGUUGGAAGACUUCCCCACUUCUGGAACAGAGGAGGAUACAGACUCAGCUAUCUUAUAUGGAACUUUGAGAGGAAGUGUUGUUGGAUUACGUUACUACACAGGGAUUGUUAAUAACAAUGAAAUGGUUGCGCUUCAGAGGGAGCCUAAUAAUCCUUAUGAUAAAAAUGCUGUGAAAGUAAAUAAUGUGAAUGGAGACCAGGUAGGUCAUAUAAAAAAGGAACUAGCGGCAGCGUUGGCAGGCAUUAUGGACAACAAACUAGCAUUAGUUGAAGGGGUUGUCCCAUACGGAGCAAAAAAUGCCUUUACCAUGCCUGUACAAAUGAGCUUUUGGGGAAGGGAAGAAAACAAGGAAGCAGUGCUAGAUCAACUAAAAAGGCACGGAUUUAAACUGGCUCCUCCUCUGAAAGGUUCAGAAUGUGGAUUUGGAUCAAAGUGGAUUUCUGGGAGAGCUGGUCCAAGUUACAGUGCUCCAGUUCAUGUUGCUGUGCAGUUGACAGCUGAACAGCUUAAAAGUGAAUUUGACAAAUUGUUUGAGGAUCUGAAGGAAGAUGAUAAAACUUGUGAAAUGGAAGGAGCAGAGGCUGUUGGCACACUCUUGCUUCCCCAUCAGAAGCAGGCUUUAGCUUGGAUGGUUUCACGUGAAAACAGUAAUGAUUUGCCACCAUUUUGGGAAGAGAGAAGUAACUUCUAUUACAAUACACUUACAAAUUUUGCAGAAAAGCAGCGACCUAAAAAUGUUCUUGGAGGAAUACUGGCUGAUGAUAUGGGACUGGGUAAAACGCUUACUACUAUUGCGUUGAUUCUCACGAAUUUUCAAGAUGGCAAGCCUCUUCCUGUUGAAAAGAUCACAAGUGAUAAAUUUUAUGAGGGAUCUGGUACUAGCAGCAUGAACAACGUUGGACGCAGACUAUACUACACCAGUGUGAUGGAGACUGGCAUUUCUAAUGUAAAAAAGCUUGAAACUGCUCCGCUGAAAUACUCAAGUUGUCUUCCGAAAAGAGAUAAAGCCAAGAAACCCAGAUAUUCAGGAAGCAGUGACUUGGGAGAGUCUGAAGAAUGGCUACUGCAACAAACAGAAACGACUUCCUGUGUUAUCCAAGAAGACACAGGCUCUGCAUCUGUUCUUCUACCUUCAUCUACUUUUUUAAAAGGACGAACAAAGAGAAAAGGUACCACUAGUAUUCAGUCAGUUGAGAAGAAAUGUUCUGAUGAUGGCCCCAGAGCAACACUGAUUGUAUGUCCAUUGUCUGUCCUAAGCAGUUGGAUUGACCAGUUUGAACAACAUAUCCACCAAGAUUUUAAUGUAAAUAUUUAUGUUUAUUAUGGCUCUGACCGUAGCAAAGACCCAUCAGUUCUUUCAGAACAAGACGUUGUACUGACAACAUACAACAUCUUAGCUACUGAUUAUGGAAUUGGAGGUGACAGCCCUUUACACAAAGUCAAGUGGCUGAGAAUUGUGUUGGAUGAGGGGCACACUAUACGAAAUCCAAAUGCUCAGCAGACUAAAGCUGCCUUAAAUCUGGAGGGACACAGAAGAUGGGUACUUACAGGCACUCCUAUUCAGAAUUCUGUAAAGGAUUUGUGGUCUCUUAUUUCCUUCUUAAAACUGAAACCUUUUACUGAUCGAGAGUGGUGGCACAGAACAAUUCAGCGUCCAGUCACAAUGGGAGCUCCUGGAGGACUUGGGCGCUUACAGUCUCUGAUUAGGAGUAUUACCCUUAGGAGAACUAAAAGAAGUAAUGUUAAAGGAAAACCCAUUUUGGAGUUACCAGAACGUAAAGUACUUAUUCAGCAUGUUACGCUUACAGAGGAAGAGAGACAAAUCUAUCAGUCUGUGAAGAAGGAGGGCAGAGCUGCUAUCAGCAGAUUUUUCAGUGAAGGGACUGUACUAGCUCACUAUGCUGACAUCCUUGGUGUCCUGCUCAGAUUGAGGCAGCUUUGUUGUCAUCCUCGUCUUUGUAGAAAUACAUCAUCUUCUAGUUUUUCAGCUGAUAAUAAAACUUCUGAAGAACUGCGUGAGUCAUUAGUGAGUAAAAUGAAGUUGGUUCUGAGCUCUGGUUCAGAUGAAGAAUGUGCAGUUUGCUUGGAAUCGCUGACUCUUCCUGUGAUAACACACUGUGCACAUGUGUUUUGUAAGCCAUGUAUUUUUGAAGUCAUCAGAAGUGAACAGCCAAAUGCCAGAUGCCCUCUCUGUAGGAAUGAGCUGAGAGUAGAGCACUUGGUGGAAUGUCCCCUAGAAGAUGAAAUAGACUCUAAUAAAGAAAAGAAGUCUGAUCAGGAGUGGAUAUCCAGUUCAAAGAUAAAUGCUCUUAUGCAUGCUUUGAUAGAACUACGGAGGGAUAAUCCAACUGCUAAAUGUCUGGUUGUUUCUCAGUUCACAACUUUCUUGUCGCUGAUAGAAAAUCCCUUGAAAGAAUCAGGGUUUGCCUUUACUCGUUUGGAUGGGUCAAUGGCACAGAAGAAAAGAGUAGAAGCAAUUCAGUGUUUCCAAAGCAGCCAAGCAGGAUCCCCAACUGUAAUGCUUUUGUCUCUGAAGGCAGGUGGAGUUGGAUUAAAUCUGACAGCAGCUUCCCGAGUGUUUUUAAUGGAUCCUGCUUGGAAUCCUGCUGCAGAAGACCAGUGUUUUGACAGGUGUCACAGGCUGGGUCAGAAGCAUAAUGUUGUUAUUACUAAGUUCAUUGUGAAGGAUUCAGUAGAAGAAAAUAUGCUGAAAAUUCAGAACAAGAAGAGGGAACUUGCAGCAGGAGCCUUGGCUACCAAAAAGCCUUCAGCAAGUGAAGUCAAACAAACCAAAAUUAAUGAAAUUAAGGCUCUAAUUGAUUUAUAG